AAAACUUCACCAGACGAAACUUUUGUGUAUGAAUUACAUGAUAGAUAUCAUAAACAUUCAACUAAUCAAAAAUAUGCAAUUGAUUAGAAAUGUCAUUUCAAAGGAUCUUGAAACAGAUUUGUUGCUGAUUAGUGAGAUGAAUCUGUACAAGUUAGCUUAUAUAGACAUUGCCCUGAAGUACAAGAAACAUUUAAACUUCAUUGAUUUCUCUUACGCUUCCGUCAUUUUGUCCAUAGUUGAUGACAAACACGAGGAAUUCGUAAACAAUAUAACGACACUAUCCGACUUAGUUAACAAUUUUUCUAAGGAAUUCGGAAAGAUUUUUAUAAAAAUUUUAAAGAUUUGGAUAUUUUUAGAACACGAUCUCGAAACGGAAAACAUAAGAUCGUAUCAUCCGAGAAAUAUUCAUAUAAUUAGAAGGAGAUAUCGUUAUCGGUUAUUAAAUUAUGGAAUAUAUCCCCUUAUGCUAUCAGAAAAGCUGGAAAGAUUUCGUAAAAUCUUAAAUCAUAGCGUGAAGAAUAUCAUUAAACUGUAUAAGCCGCAAUGUUACGUAAUCUUGGAUGUAUUUAAUGAUUGCCAAUCCGUUGUUGCUACAUACAAUAUGUAUCAGAAGUUCCAACAUUUAAAAUUGUAAUAAUCAACUGAAAGUUUGGAAUGUAAAUUCUAAAAGAUACGAUCGCUUAUAAUGGGGAUAACAACAAAUGAAGGUAUAACUUCUGAAGGUAUAACUAAAGUAGGCCUACUUCGAGUCUGUCUUGAUGUGAUAAGCCCUCCAAUUUAUUAAAACCCUAUCUAUUACGAUAACUAAUUCAAUCGAAAUAAAAAAUGGCCGUAGUAGUCGGUCACGGGUUCGCGCCUGAUUCCGGAAAACUCCACGUGCUAGCCCAGGCACGUGGAGUUUUCUGGGCUUUCUUCACGUUCCAAAAUAUAAAUAGAAGAAAAUGGCCUCGAAAAGACUUCUUGAGAGACACCUCUGCUUGGCAUAUCGGGAGACAUCGUGUCAAAUGUUUCAUCAAUCCAACGUCUGAGCUAAAUGACAACGAAAUCAAUUUUAUAAAAUUAAGUAUAUUUAAAAAUUUAUAUCAAACAGAAAAAUCACAUUGUGAUAUAUUUUAUAUAAUGUAAAUCAAUGUAAAUAUAUUUUCAAUGAAGUCACUUCAUACUUUUGUCACCGGAAAAGUCUUGUUCUUCAAU